AUCUUGGAUCAAAAAAUAAACAAGAUGAACGCAUGUUUUCAACAUUAUUCGAGUCAAAUAUCUUAAAAUUAUGGUAAAAUCUUCUUUUUCUACACACAAAAUUAUUGACGGAAGGUAGCCUAGUCUGAGUUCUAAUACAGAAAGUUUUUCGGCUGUUCAAAAAUCGUAAUUUUGCUUGAAACAUGGUCAAGGAGAAGCCGAAUAGAAUUUACGACGAAAAUGGUUAUCGUUUGAGAGCGGCAUGUGUUUGCGUGAAGGACGAAAGCGAACGUGAGAUUUUGCUGAUAUCAGCCAGUCGAAAUAGAGAUCGUUGGAUAGUUCCUGGUGGAGGCAUUGAACCUUUGGAAGAUGCAUCUGUAGCUGCAGUGAGGGAGGUGCAUGAAGAAGCCGGUGUUAAAGGAAUGAUCAGUCGGUGUCUGGGAGUUUUUGAGAAUUCUCACUGCAAAACUAAAACAUCUGUGUACCUGCUCAUUGUUGAUCACCUCUGCGAGGAAUGGGAAGAGAAAAGUCUUGGUCGCAGAAGACAGUGGUUUUCAGCAUCAGACGCCCAUCGCCAAUUAGGGAUGUACCGACCAGAACAGGGAGCCUACCUCGAAAUGCUGAUUAGUCUCGGGGGCCAGCAAAAUAUCAUGCACAUCCCUACUUCCCCUGUUGUUAGGCGUUUCUGCAUACCUCCAAUUCCAGUGGCUGUUAUCAAUAAUGUUCUCAGUCCCCAGAAAAAUGGGAUUGUGACUAACGCUGUGAAGGGGUGAUGAUGAUGAUUAUAGGGGAAGUGAUGAUGAUGAAGACGUUGGGGGCGGCCAUCUUGUUAUGAUGAAUCAAUGCAUUUUCACUAAUUCUGUAAUUUGUUUAUUGUGGCUAUAAUUUUGAUAUGAUCUAUCUUUUUAUUUGGCUUGAUGAAUGAAUGAAUAAAUAAAUGGUUGAAUAAAUGAAUGAAUGAUUUAUUGAUUGAAACAGUCACAUGAAUAAAUGUAUGUGGAUGCAUGAAAUAAUGCAUGCAUGAGUGAAUGAAUGAAUGAAUGAACGAUCAAACUGGAUGAAUUAUGGUACCUCUAGUAUUAAUUAAGUUAUCUAUUCGAUCCUUCACUCAUUUAUUCCUUUAUUUUGUUCUUUAUUUAUUCUUCCAUUCAUUCAUUACCGUGUCUACCUUAUUGCUCUAUUGCAUCUAUUUGUUUUCUUGUUUGUGUGUAUGCAUGUAUGUAUACGUAUGUAUUUUGAUUUGAUGUCCAUUUAUGUAACAUUAGCUCAACAUGUAUGUCAUCUUAUUGUAACAAAACUCCAUGUUAAUUAACGUAUGUAAACUUGUAUGCUAUAUAUUAUAUAUAUAUAAAUAUGUGUGUGUGCGAUUGUUUAAAAAAUAUGCAAAAAAUUAUUAUUCCCCCAAUUAUAAAUAGAAUAAUUUAAAAUAUAUAAACAUCAACAUGUGCACGUAUGCACAUGCGUGUAUUGCUAAUAUGACCAAAUAAUAAUAUUAUAAUUAUUAUUUACUUGUGUAGGUGUGUGGAUGAGCGAGGAAUAAUAAAGCAAUUAAAUAACGAACGAGAUUCAUAAAUUUCGCUCUCUUUAAUAUUUCUAACUCCAAAUGAACAAACCAAUAUAAAUAAGCACAUAGUGUAUGUUUAGCACACAUACAUACAUACAUAUAUAUAUAUGCAUGUGUGUGUGUGUGUAACGCUUGUACGUGUGUAUAUAUAUAUAUAUAUAUAUGUCUGUGUUUUCGUGUGUGUUACAAAAGUCUGUGUAAUUAGCUUAGCGAUAAUGAUGACGACAAACACUGAAAUAUAUCAACAAUAAAAAAUGAAUCACCCUCUACUUGUGUUAUGCUAAUUAUAUAUAUAUAUAUAUAUAUAUAUAUAUAUCAAUUAAAACCAAACUGAGAGAAUAUAUAUAUAUAUGUGGGUAUAGCAGAUAUAUAUGUAUAUGUUUGUUUGUAUGUAUGUGUGUGUACGUACGUGUAUCACUAUUGAAUUAUAAAGUAUAAUCAUUAUAACAAGAACAAUACAAAUAAAUAAAUUUUUGACGAAAUGUUUUUCAAACUGAGACAGAUAGUACACACAUAACGUACACAUAUUCUAGUGUAUUCUAUAGCGUAUACACUAUAUAUACACACAUAGUAUAUAUAUGUAUAAAUCUAUAUAUAUAUAUAUAUAUAUAUAUAUAUAUGUUGGAAGGAGACCAUAUUUUAGACAGUAUCGUAUGAAUUGAAUUCUACCGAAUUGUUGGCAUUAAAGUUAAUUUAAAGUUUGUCUUCAAUUUUCCUCAUUAGAUUUUUAAAUAGUGUCCUUUGUUGCGAUGAAAUAAGUUGUGAUAAUAAUGAUAAUAAUAAAACAACAAUAACAACAACUAAUAUAAGUAUUUGUUGUUGUUUUUGUUGUUGUUUUUAUUGUUUUUCUGGGUUUCAAUGCAUUUGUUUGCAUCCAUCCAUCAAACAAAAAGACAGCCGAUCAAUACGUGGCAAUACAGUACGUGCUAUCAAUUAGACAAGGAGAAAAAUCAAUAAAACCAAACGGAUGAAUGAAUGAUUGAUUGAAUGAAUGAUUGAAUGAAUGAAUGAUUGAGUCCGUGAGUGAAUGUAUAAAUGGAUAGAUGAAUUAAUGAACGAGUGAUUGAAUGAACGAAUGUAAAAGUGAAAAAAGGACUGAUAACGAAUAAAUAAAUGAAUGAGUGAAUAUUAGCUAUAUUUUUGUAUUUUGUCAACACCUGGUCUAGGGUACCACUCACUUAAGUUUUUUUUAAUGAUGAUGCCGGCUCAAUGCUGUCGUUGUUAUCAUCAUCAUCAUCAAUAUGACUGAUGAUUGAUUGAUUGAAUGAGUGAGAGGAUGUAUGAAUGAACGAACGAACGAAAACGGCAUGAAUAACAUUUGGUUAGUAGUAUUGAUUCUGUGGUAGACAUAAUCUACAUUUACUUUCAUUCAUUCGUAUAUCUAGGUUAGUUAUAAAUUAUUUAUUCAUUUAUUCAUUCAUUCAUUAUCCAUCCAUCCGUCUAUCUAGUAAUCUCUCAACUGUCAUAUCCAUCUAUCCACUCAUCAAUCAAUCAAUCAAACAAUUAAUCAAUCAUUAAUCAGGACUGCUUUAUCCGAAUCAUACAUUCACCUAUAAACUAACAAUAAACCAUCGUUUGAUCUAUUUACCAUUCAUUCAAUUAUGGCCAUUCGCUUAUUUAUCAAUCGAUCGAUCAACCAAUCAAUCAUUCGAUCGAUCAAUCAAUCAAUCAUAUUUUCUUCUUAGGAUCAGCGCUGAAUGUUGCCGACCAGGGCGAUAGUGGUGGCGACUGUGAUGGCGAUGAAGACAACGACAAAGGCAGCUGAGUGAACGACGGCGAUGAUGACGAUCUUUGGUUGUCAUCAUCGUCGUCGUCGUCAUCAUCACUAUAAUCAUCAUCCACAACACCACUGGCGACAACUUUUUUCCUCGUCCUAUUUUUUAAAGAUGUCGUGCAGAAGAGCAGGAGCUCUUGAACGAACUGCUCUCUACAUACUUUAUUAACGGCCACAACUUUUGGAGAUGGUGUCGCCGAGAAUGGUUGUGGCUGCUGGUGGCGAUGAUGUCUGCGCUGUUUAGUUAACACGACGUUAGACAGCGACGGUGACGACGAAGAUGACGUCAGAGCUGCUGCCGAUGACGUCGCCACGGUAGAGGAGGAGGAAGAAGAGGACGUUGGAUCAGGUGGCUUGCUACUUG